UUUAUCCAGCCGAAGCUAUCUAGAUGGUGCAAUGUUGGUGAUACAUGAAUGGAAAGCGGAACCGCAGGUCAUUCCUUAAGUAACCAAUUUAGGAUGUUGAAUUCCCCAGAGCCCCAAGCCACCGUCCAGUCCCAUUAAAUAAAUCAUUUAAGCCAACAUAUAGACAACAUGGAGGACGAGUGGGGCUCCUUUGAUCGCCUGCCCAGUAUCCCGAAUGCCUCGACGGAUUUGGAGGAGGAGAGCGAGGUGGUCAGCAAUUGGUCCACACUGGCCAACUUCACGCGACUGGUGGCUGGUGCCGCUCCAGAAAUCGUCAACUAUACGCUCAAUAUGCUCGACGUGGGCGUAGGUGUGGGCGUGGGCGUGGGUGUGGGCAUGGCCACGGAUAUAUCGAAUCUGAGCGUGAGCACCACGCCCCUGCCCGCCUAUGCAAUUGCGAAUAGCUCCUCGCUGGCGCACACCAAUAGUCGCCAUGAAGCGCCACCGAUGGCGGAGCAGGUGCCCGAGCACGUGAUGGACCACGCCCCCCAACUAUCGCGAUCCGGACUGCUGAAGGUGUAUGUGCUGGCGGUGAUGGCACUCUUCUCGCUGCUGGGCAACCUGCUGACCAUCUGGAAUAUCUACAAAACCCGCAUUUCACGUAGAAACUCCCGGCACACGUGGAGUGCCAUUUACUCGCUGAUGUUCCAUCUGUCCAUUGCCGAUGUGCUGGUCACCUGGUUCUGCAUCAUCGGAGAGGCGGCUUGGUGCUACACCGUCCAGUGGCUGGCCAACGAGCUCACCUGCAAGCUGGUGAAGCUCUUCCAGAUGUUCAGCCUCUACCUGAGCACCUAUGUCCUGGUGCUCAUCGGCGUGGACCGCUGGAUAGCGGUCAAGUACCCGAUGAAGUCGCUCAACAUGGCCAAGCGGUGUCACAGACUGCUGGGCGGUACUUACAUUCUGUCGCUGGUGCUCAGUUUGCCACAGUUCUUCAUCUUCCGCGUGGCGCGUGGACCCUUCGUGGAGGAGUUCUACCAGUGCGUCACCCACGGAUUCUACACGGCGGAUUGGCAGGAGCAGAUGUACGCCACCUUCACACUAGUCUUCACCUUUCUGCUGCCACUGUGCAUCCUGUUCGGCACCUACAUGUCCACCUUUCGCACCAUUUCCAGCAGCGAAAAGAUGUUCCAAGGAUCCAAGCUGGCCAACUAUUCGACGGCCAAGUUGCCCACGCAGACGAAUCGCCAGCGGCUGAUACACAAGGCCAAGAUGAAGUCGCUCCGCAUUUCCGUGGUGAUCAUCAUAGCGUUCCUCAUCUGCUGGACGCCCUACUACGUCAUGAUGAUUAUGUUCAUGUUCCUCAAUCCGGACAAAAGACUGGGCGACGAUCUGCAGGAUGCCAUCUUCUUCUUCGGAAUGUCCAACAGCCUGGUCAACCCACUCAUCUACGGUGCCUUCCACCUGUGUCCUGGCAAAGGAGGCAAGUCCAGCGGCGGGGGCGGCAACAACAACGCCUACAGCUUGAACAGGGGCGACUCGCAGCGCACUCCAUCCAUGCUGACGGCGGUGACGCAGGUGGACGGCACAGGUGGCAGUUCCCGCCAGAUGCGCGCCUUCCGCCAGCAGAGCUACUACCGCAGCUCCAGCAACGGCGCCGCCGGAUCCGGUGCUGCUCCCUUCAAGGAGCAGGUGGGUCUGCUGCACGUGGGUCCCGGCAAUGGCACCCAGCCCGGUGGCUCCGUCUCGAGCGGUGCCACGCCGCAGCUGUUGCGCAAGGGCUCGGCUCUGCUGGCCCGGCAUCCCAGCUGCCUGCGGGAGCAGGAGCACCAGCAGCGCCUCCUGCUGCACGAGAAGCCCUCGACGCUGGUCCUCAGCUACGACAGCCAGCGGGGCGGAGUGGGCGUGGGCGUGAGCGUGGCCAGCGGCCUGCUGGACAACAAUGAGCGGGUGUCGAGCGUGUGAGAGCAGCUGGCGAUGGCGGUAGCGGCGGCGGUGGCGGUGGAUGCACCGGACACACCAGCUGCAGCAGCAGCAGCAGCGUAUGAGUAUACGGAUGCGGAUGCGGAUAUGGCGACGGAGGACGCCUGCUCCUGCUGCCAUUGCCUGAGCAGGGAGCUGCUGCGACGGCAGCUAGAACUUCAAGAGCUUCCAGUGCAGUGAGGGUGCUGCCAGAGGAUGGAUGCGGUCCAGGUGGAUGCGAUCCAGGUGGAGAGGCGUCGAUGAUCAGAUCACCGGGGCGUGCAACAUGUGCUUAGAUAAUGCUAAUCGAGAGUUAAGUCUUCAAACACAUUGGGUGUGCUUAGAAGUAGCGUAGGAUUAGUGCUAGUCCGUACGAAAUGGUUGCCCUGCACUGCGAGAAACUCGUGGUCACUUGCAUGUUCUCUAAAUGUUCUUACACUUGACUUCAACGAAAAAAGUAUAAAUGUUAACACGAUACAUACGUCCCAUAAAACUUAUAAAUUGCAAUUAAAUCUGGUUGUGAGUAUAGGUUUAACUUCUGCAAAUUACAAAUGUUGCGAAUUCGCUACGUGUAAUCUGAUAUAAGCUACAAUAAAUACAAUUAUAAUCAGGGAGCAAUCAGAGUCACUUACAAUUUCAGCUUAAAUGACUGCUUAAUUGGAUAUAAAUAUGUACAUAUGACUUUGAAUGAGUUUCUCCCAUUGGCAGGGCAACAUUGUAAAUUUAAUUAAACUCGUUUUCCAGUUUUUCAUUUUGUUUCCUCGGCAAAGCAACGCAAAAAUCAAUUCUCUAAUUGUGUAAAAAAGAAAUCAGCCAAAAACAGGGUAAAUCUAACUAUUGUAAAUUGUAACUAUUGUUUUGUAAAUAUUAACUCAUUAUUUUGAGAGGACUAUUGUAAAUGAUUGUGAAAAUUAAAAUAAAUAUGAGUUCAUGUUCAACAGCACAAGUGCAUAUGGUGA